CUCGCGCCCGCCGCCGGGCUGGGCCAGAGCAGCCCAAGAUGGCCGACUUCGAGGAUCGGGUGUCGGAUGAGGAGAAGGUACGCAUAGCUGCUAAAUUCAUCACUCAUGCACCCCCCGGGGAAUUUAAUGAAGUAUUCAAUGAUGUCCGGCUACUACUUAAUAAUGACAAUCUCCUCAGGGAAGGGGCAGCGCAUGCGUUUGCCCAGUAUAACAUGGAUCAGUUCACGCCUGUGAAGAUAGAAGGAUAUGAAGAUCAGGUCUUAAUUACAGAGCAUGGUGACCUGGGUAAUAGCAGAUUUUUAGAUCCAAGAAACAAAAUUUCGUUUAAAUUUGAUCAUUUACGGAAAGAAGCAAGCGAUCCGCAGCCGGAAGAAGCAGAUGGAGGUUUGAAGUCUUGGAGAGAGUCCUGUGAUGGUGCUUUAAGAGCCUAUGUGAAGGAGCAUUACUCCAACGGCUUCUGUACUGUAUAUGCUAAAACCAUAGAUGGGCAGCAGACUAUUAUUGCCUGUAUUGAAAGCCACCAAUUUCAACCUAAAAACUUCUGGAAUGGUCGUUGGAGAUCAGAGUGGAAAUUCACUAUCACACCACCUACAGCCCAAGUGGUUGGAGUGCUCAAGAUUCAGGUUCACUAUUAUGAAGAUGGCAAUGUUCAGUUAGUCAGUCAUAAAGAUGUACAAGAUUCAAUAACUGUGUCGAAUGAAGCACAAACUGCCAAGGAGUUUGUCAAAAUCAUAGAGAAUGCAGAAAACGAAUAUCAGACUGCAAUUAGUGAAAAUUACCAAACCAUGUCAGACACCACAUUCAAGGCCUUGCGCCGGCAACUUCCAGUUACCCGCACCAAAAUCGACUGGAACAAGAUACUCAGCUACAAGAUUGGCAAAGAAAUGCAGAAUGCUUAAAAGCUGACUGUAGAUUCUUCAGUAUGUGGAAUGAAAAGGAUUCAACGUGUGGUCAUAUGAUAAAUAAGUGAUUUAUAAACAAGAGUGAUAUUUUGGUAGGGCUUUCAAAGUUAACAGGUUUUGAAGUACUGUUGAACCUAUAGCAUUGUCUUCAUUUCUUUUGUGUUCUCUGCCUUGUAAUUUUCUGUUAUCAACUAUAUCUACUUGUACAUCUUUUUUUUUUUCCUUUCAUUUAAUGUUGGAGAGAAAAAUCUAUCCUGAAGUCAUUUUACUGUUUAGAAUUUUCUUAGCCAUAAAGCCCUGACACUGAUGUAGACUGGUAAUGUGCCCAGUACUUUUUUAUCUCUGUUCUUCAAAGCACUUCUGGUACUUCAGUGGGUUUUACUGACCCAUGAACAGCUAAAGAGGCUAUAUUACAAACUAUAGUUAAAUGGAAGACACAUUCAUCCUUCUCCCUUCUGACUGCUUUGAUCAUUUAUAGCAUCUCAUAAUAGUUGUUUUCACAAGUUUGAAUUGGGGCUUUUCAGGUCCUUUUGGAGGGGCCAAGGAGGUUUUCUGGAAAUUCCAUGAUAGCCAGCUUCUCUGGAGAACUUGUUUUUAAAUCCAAAGACUUGAACCACAUUCCCUGAGCAUGGACAUGCUUUCCUUUUUUAAGCCUUCCAUGGUUGUCUUCUCUCCAUCUAGUACUAUUGUAGUCAUAGACAUCUGCAUUUUUAGAACAGUUUUACCCAUUUAUGUUUUUUUUAAUUCAAAAACUGCUGACCUACUGUGGAUAUAAUAGAGUAUAAAACUUGAAAAAUGCAGAUGUUGAAGGAAUAAUAGUUAUCUUGUGCUUUAAUACUUUGUGGCAGGAUUGUACUAUAAGCAAAUGGAUCGACUAUGUAAAUCACAAAUAUGAAAAAUGAACCAAAGUGAGAAGGCUAACUUCUAGGCAGUAUCUUUCUAUUGUAACCUAUAAUUUAAGGGAAUACUAGUGAUUUCUUCUAAGUAGGAUUUAAGACUUGUUGCAAGCUACUUUCCCUCAGUCCUGCCUGCCAAGAACUCAGAUGCAACUGUGAUGUAGCACCCCUUCCCAGGUAUAUUGGCAGGUUUGUGUGUGAUCUCAGAAUACACAGGUAACAUGGAUAUGAGAUGACAACUGAAAAUGGUGGAUUCAUUUACAUUGUUUACACUUCUAUGACCAGGCCUUAAGGGAAGGUCAGUUUUUUAAAAAAACCACGUAGUGUCUUCCUACCUGUCUCCAAAUACAUGUUAAAAAAAAAAAAGAAGGGUGUUUGUGCUUUAGCAUUGUUUUUGCUCAGAAAUACACUCAAGCAAGAGUUUGUUUCCAAGUGACUCAUUGAGCUGUGUAAGCAUUUUUGUUUAUUUCAAUAAAAGAUAUUUGUAUUUUUUGUUGUUCAUACUAUAUCCAUCCAUACCACACUAUCUUCUGUAUCAGAUAGUCCAACAGAAAUAUACCUGAUUUGUUCUAAAAUUG